CAGACUCAUUUGCAUAUUGCUCAGUAUAUCUCCUAUGCUUGCGCAAAGGCGGGACACACUGCUGCAACGCAAAGCCUGGAGAAGUACCAUUAGUCAAUCUGUCCAACUUUGACUCUUCGCAAUCAUGUCUGACAAGCCAAAUCUCGAGGAGGUCGCCAGCUUCGACAAGACCAAGCUGAAAAAGACCGAGACGCAGGAGAAGAAUCCGCUGCCGACUAAAGAAACCAUUGAACAGGAGAAGCAGGCGUCGUCGUGAAGACCAUCCCUCCGUCAUGCACUGUACACCCCCUCCUCCUGCAUUGCCUUCUUUUCACUCACUUCUUUUUAGCUGUAUAACUUGUCUAGAAAAAACCGACCAACACAACGCUGCACUGCGAUGGAUGACCAUCCAUGUCCAGGCGCUGACCCCGCCCCUCCUACCACCUCCACCAAUAGAGGAGCAGGCCCUCGCCUAGCCAAGCCAGGAAGGAGGAAGUACUACCAACCAACCAGGGGCGGUACUGUGGACGGUCCCAAAGUUGUCGGGUGUGGUGUCCAAACAUCAACACGGGGUAGAGAGGGCUACAGGAUGGGGGCGUGGCCUUGGAUCUAGGAAGUUACAUCCCUCGUUCGACAUCCAAUUUCCUGUGUGGCCUCUUGUCGACCUGGUAACACAAGCCCAAACUGUGUCCGGCUUUUUAUAUUUUAGUUUCGGAAAAAUGCACAACUUUUUUUUGUUUUUACACUGGUAAUAUGAUUAACAUACCCAUUGGUUAAUGCAAGUUUUCUGUCAGAUAUUUUUUUAUCGAACCAAGGAUGAUAAAACAGAAUCCAUCUAGUCUUGGGAGAUACUCGUGUGGACUUUAUUUACGUUGAUGUUUUUAAAACGUUUAUUGUACGUUGACCUUUUUUAUCGAUGUGAUAUGGGAUAGCUUUUUGUGUUGCACCCUGUCUCUGAAUUGUUUAAUAUUGUAAGGAAAAAAGAUCAUUACUGGAAAUUAAUUCCAUGUGUUCGGCAGUCGAUCAAAUGAUUUGGAGUUUUCUAAAUUCCCAACGGUCAUGUUAAUCUACCACAUACCAUUACCAAUAAUGGAAACAGUGAAAUGGUGUAAUAAAACAAGUAUUUGUUUCUAUGAA